AUGGCCGAAAAUGACGACUUCCCUUGGCAUAUUGGUGUUUAUGAUGCCCAUUGCCAUCCAACAGAUACCAUGGAUUCUGUCCAAUCUAUGCCUUCAAUGAAGUCAAGGGUUCUUACUGUCAUGGCGACUAGAGCACAAGAUCAAGAGCUCGUUGCCCAAGUGGCUGAUAUUUAUGGCCUGAAAAAACUGCAAUCCAACAAUCAUCCAAAUACGGAAUGCAUGAUCCCUUGUUUUGGGUGGCAUCCUUGGUUCUCAUACCAAAUUUUCGAUGACACCGAAGACUCGCUUGAUUCAUCUCUGCUUAAUACAGAAAAAUUUAAGAUUGAUCACUAUGAAAAGGUCCUGACGCCAAAACCAGACGACAAACAACUUCUGGUAUCAUUACCACCUCCUCGAUCACUCAGGCAAUUUCUUCGUCAAACGAAAGAGUAUCUUUUGAGGUAUCCGUUAGCAUUAGUAGGGGAGGUUGGCCUAGACAAGCAAUUUCGCUUGCCCGCAGAGUGGUCUGAGGAUGCCGAAGAGUCUCGAGAUGCAGGCCUCACCUCUGGUGGAAGAGAAGGUCGACGUCUUACGCCAUACAGAGUCCAGAUGGACCAUCAAAAGGUGAUUCUUAAGGCGCAGUUGAAGCUUGCAGGUGAAAUGCAGCGAUCUGUAUCUGUCCAUGGUGUGCAAGCCCAUGGUGUCCUAUUUGACACGUUGCAGGAAACUUGGAAGGGCCAUGAGCGAAAGGUCCUUAGCAAACGAGAGAAGAAAAAGACUGCUGAGGUAGCAUCCCCGUUAGAUGGAACGGAUGAUGAGGAGGAUACAAAAGAUGAGAUAUUGAACCCAUUUCCUCCGCGUAUUUGCCUCCAUUCAUAUUCUGGACCUCCAGAUACCCUUAAACAAUACUAUCACCCUUCAGUUCCCGCUGAGAUAUAUUUUUCGUUCUCAGCAGCCAUCAAUAUGUCCUCACCAGCUAGUGCUAAAGCAAUUGAAGUCAUUAAAGCUGUGCCCGGUGACCGCGUUCUCGUUGAGAGUGACCUCCACAUUGCCGGUGAAAAAAUGGAUAAUAUGCUAGAGGACAUGUGUCGGAAGAUCUGUGAGAUUAAAGGCUGGGGCCUUGUAGAUGGUGUGACUAGAUUGGCAGAAAAUUGGAAGCAUUUCGUGCUUGCUUGA